AUGGCUCCCCAAAAGCUUCUUGACGGUCUUGUUGCCCUCGUUACUGGUGGUGGUAGCGGAUUCGGGGAGGGCAUUGCUCACCUCUUUGCCGAGGAAGGCGCUAAUUGCUCUGGGCUUAUCUGUGGCAGGGUGGCGGCAAAUAUCACAGCAGCUGGCCUUGUAGCCACUUUUAUCGAAGCCGAUGUAACAAAGGCAGUUGACUGGCAAGCGGCAGUGGACACGACUCUGGCUCAAUUCGGCAAAGUGGACAUCCUGGUGAAUAACGCGGGAUGGACCUAUCGCCGGAAAGACUCUUUAGAUGUGACUGAAGCAGGAUAUGAGCGUAUCUUUGAUAUUAAUGUGAAAAGUAUCUACCAUUCUAUUAAUGCGGUCUUGCCCCAUUUUCUCAAGCAAGGCCGUGGAAGCAUUGUCAAUAUUUCCUCGUGUGUCACAUCCAAACCGACCAGCGGCUUGCUGUACUAUAACGCCACCAAGGGGGCCGUGGACUUGCUCACACGAGGACUUGCAGCGGAAUACUCAAAUCGGGGGAUCCGCGUCAAUGGCAUCUCACCAUCACUAGGCAACACAGCCCUCGUAUCCGAGUUCGUGGGCGAGGAGUUCAGCGCUGACAUGGCGAAGGUGCAAGCUACAGAAGCUCCUGUGCAGCGCAUGGUCACACCAUUGGACAUCGCCAAGGGUUGCCUGUAUCUUGUAUCACCGUACUUCAAUGAUUUCCAG